GUCCACUCCACUCGCACUUUCUUAGUACUAUUACUAAACUCACCCUUUUCACUUCCUUGGGAAACAAGUAACGGAGACACAAUGAGGUUUGGAUUUUCAUCCACCUCUCCAUCGCCGGAAACCGGCGAUACAUUUCUCCAACCGUCGGCCGGUACUUUUCCUCCACAGCUUUCACCUUCAUCAACAGUCAGUGCACUAUCUGAAAAAACUUGCGAUUCUACUACUCCGUCGUAUUAUGGUUCUUCAUUUUCAAAUGCCAGCUCAUCAACAGAAAUUUCUGCAUCUUUAGGACCGACUACAACAAGCAUUACAACAACCUCUGUUAUAGUCUCUGCAACGGAGUCUGUAACUGUCCAUGUUAGUUGUUCCUCCGAGCAGGAUGAGGUUGUUGCAAUUUUGGCAAGCCAAUGUGAGAAGUUUCUAUCCUGUCGAGCUGCUAGACAAGCUCAGGGCAGAAGGCAAGAUAAAAGACACGAUUCAGCCUCUCAACCUUGGGUCUUUGGAGCCACAGGGUUCGAAACUACAAGCUCAAGCAAGCCCGCCAAUUCUGCUGCUCAUGCAUCUGCUGCUACUUUUGAACAGAAUUAUGGAGAGUCUAAGCCAUGCAGUGUUCCCAUAACUGGUGCUCCUUCGACCUCCACUCUUUCAGCUCCAUUAUCAGACAGCUCAGUGCUCCCUAGCUUGCAACUUGCUGAGGAGGAGCAGCCUUACAUUCAACCCGUUGAUCUUCUGCACUCAACAAUCGAGAUGUGGGAACGGGUUGUCGCGAAUAAGAAGAUGGAUCAAGAGGUCACGGAAGAGGGGCUUCGUCACUUCUAUGAGGGUAUCAACUAUUUUUGUCUUCAGUCUAAACGCCUUCAAGAAGCCACUGCCAAGUAUAAUGAAGCGGCAAAAGCGAGUGAUGACCUGAAAAAUGUGAUGGCCCCUUUGAAAGAUAAGUUGGCAGAAGCCAAUCGGAAGCUCGAGAACUCUGAGAAGGAGAAGGAGAGGCUUGAACAUGAGUUAGCUGGAGCUGCAAACACGAUCACCGCUCUGACUGGUGAGAAGGAGUCACUUUUGCGGGUCCAAACAAUCCUUCACCAGAAGAUCGUUGAGCUGAAAAAGGAGUUGGAGGAGGCCGGUCCAGCUGCUAUCCAAAAAUACAAGGCUUCCUCCUUGCAUAGACAGGAACUCAUGGAGUAUGCUGCUCCUUACAUGGGAAAUGGGGUGAAGCUAGCCAUAGAGAAAAUCAAGGCUAAAGAUCCCACUUUUGACCCCAAAAUCUAUGGCCUGGAGAUAUACAUGCUUCCUACUGAAGCUGAUGUCGAGGAAUUCUCGACUGAGGAGGAAGGUGAUGGUGGUGCUGAUCAGCCUAUGACCUCGAACAACAAGGAGCCUACAAUACACGGCAUAAGUGUCGAAGAAGCAACAGUUCCCCCGAGCUCAGCUUGAAGUUCUUUCUAUUUUACCUAUUUUUGCUUAUGGCAAUGCAGUAAUAUUUGGCUACUCUUAUAUCUUAACAAGUAUGUUUUGCUGCUCCAUGGAAGUGUUUGGAGGUGUUAAUAGACUAUAAAUGAAUGUGCUAAGAUCAGAUCUUUGCAGUAUAUAAAGUGCGUUA